UCCUGUACUGUGCCCAAACAUGCUGCGUGUGCUUUUUGGCAAGACCACACCCUCUAGCAGUAGUGCUUGUACAUGCUAGUACACGUCGACACCGUGUGGUUCUGUGGUGCUGGGCUGCUUGGCGUUGCCGGAUCGGCGGUGGUGCCCAGAGCCGCGCGGCCGGCAGGGACUGACUGUCAUUUCCGCUGCGAGUGUUUUGGCACAACGGGCCGAUCCCACACGUGGGCCAACAGCCCAAGUAGGCUCGUUCUACUCUGUAGGCCUUGGGCCCGCGCCCACCCUGGACAAGUGAUGCAAUUUCACCUGUAGGCCUUGGGUUGGGUACAAUGGUCAAUUAGUCAUGUACACGCCUUCUGCUAAAAAAAAAAGCUUAUGCCCUCGCCCAACAUCCAGCAUUGCUGAUGUCUGGGCCUUGCUUGGGUCCAAGAAACAAUUAGCCCACCUUCAUCAAGUCCACGAAAAGUCACUGAAUUUGAACUUCCCUCCUCGCAUUUUCUUUAGCAAAUAAUGUUUACUAGAAAAUCUAAACUGAUCUACAAACAAUUUAGAACGGAGGAAGUAUGUAAAAGUUAAAUAAACAAAUGUUCAGAUCUCACUAGGGUCCCAUCAUGACUACCAUGGUCACUUCAUGGCUGCAUCGCUAGCGUUGUUAUGUUCUCCGGUUCCAGAUUAAUGGUCGUUUUCUCCGCAUAUCAUUUCCAAUCUGAGAGGAAAAACACAACACACGCACACAGCUUGUCUCCAUGUUGUCGUCACGGUCCGUCUGACGGGUAGCGAGCUAAGAAAUGCGUCGUCGCUGUUGAGAAGCUAGCGACGGGGAGUAGUUUUCUUGAGCUGCGCGCGAGAGGACUAGCGAGUCAAAAAGGCAGCUCCAAGAGCGCGACUUCGAGUUCCACCUUUUGACCUGCAAACGAUUCUCUAUACGUGCCCACAGUAGUUUCUACUCCAUCCAUUCUAAAAUACUAUUCAUUUUGACUUUUCUAGAUACAUAUGUCUUGAUAUGUAUCUAGAUAUAGUAUAUAUCUAGGUAUAUAUUAAAAACUAUGCAUCUAGAAAAAAUAAAACGAAUGGUAAUUUAGGAUGGAGGGAGUAGUUGGUUUUUUACUGCAUACGCAUGUAUCCCACUGGACAGGUUGAAAUUUUAGUCGAUACGGAACGAUGAUGUUGCCACCAUUUCGAUCCAAUAUGGAGCUGAGUACGCCGUAGCGUCAUGCAUCUAAAUCUCGCCCCCGCAUGGUCCGCUCAGGGUGACUCGGGCAGCCACCCCAUCCACCACCCCCAGCCCUCAUUCCCCUCCCUCCCUGCCUCCGCCGCCGCCAAAGCUGCCCUGUCCGAAGCCGGGCAAGCAGCGAGGAAGGCGGUGGCAGGGCCACCUUGCUCCUUCCUCUCACCCAGGCCCCUUCUUCCUCCCCCUCUAGUUUUUGCUCCGGCGGCAGCGCCAUGUCUGACGGCCAGAUCCUCCUCAGGGAAGGCCGGACCGUGUGUUUGGACGCCGAAUCUGUGCUCUGCUGGGUCUGACGGUGGCGUGCUCCCUGCAUGCCGACGCGGGGCUGCUCCUCUUGGCGUGGCCUGGCGUCCGCUAGCUGGCGCGGCACGGCGGCGUCAGAGGCGUCUGCGAAUGGCGCGAUCCGGUAGUGGCGCUAGUGUCAGUGGCUGGCUCGGCCCCGCGUCACGAAGGCGGCGACGUGUAGCUGGCGGCAGCCGGAUUGGACGGAGUGGCGGCUGGUCACGGGAGCGGAGGAGAUGUGCGGUGGGGCAAGGAAACGGCCGUGAGAGAUGCGUCCGGGAGGAGGCCGCGCGUGCGCGGAGGAGGCCCUGACCCAUCCCGGCAAGCGACGGUGGCGGUCCGGGUGUGACGGCGGGCGCGGCGGAGGCCCCAACGCGGGGGAAAGAGACCCCGCGCAGCAGCAGCAGCCUAACAGAGAAGGAGACGUGGAGGGGCUGCCAAGAGGAGGAGACGCGGAGGAGGCAUUGGAGGAGGAGACGCGGAGGAGGUGCGGCGGUUGGUGGCGGCCCACGGAGGAUGGCGGUGCGGAGAUGGUGCCAGCACGGAGAAGGAUGGCUGCCGACGAGAGAGUGGUGGUGGAGGUACAGCGGCGUGAUGCGAGGAGGUGCGGUGGCAACGCCGCCUCGGAUGGACUGCCUUGACUGUGGCCGGGAGUGCCGAGCCGUGAGUGUGCAGGGGUUGGGAUGCUUCGGGCGAAAGCCCUCGCCGGCGUUCUCAUUGGUGGAGAUGACGGUGGCGCCCUAGGGUGUCGAACUCCCCGCUGGGGGCAUCAUUUCUGAGCUACAACCCUGCUGCAUGGGGUCCUGUAGGUGAAAACCCUAUCCAGAUUCUAGACGAGCGACGGCGGCACCAUUGGCGUUGUGCCCUCCUUUGAGGCGUCGUCUCUAAAGGCCCAUCUCGGUCUGUGGCAUUCCUGAUCCAUUAGUCAUGGACGGCCACAACUGGUGGCGACAAUUCUGCCGAGUGGCAAGCUAGACGGGUAUUGACGAGGCCACGUGGACGCGAUCGCACUUAUGGUGCCGGCCAGGGGUUGUCGCAUGGUUGUCGGUUUUGGCCGCUUGCAGCGGACCACAGCGGCUGUCGUUGCUUGACAACGGUCAGUGCGGCGUGGGAUUGCGUCGAAGGACGGCGCUUGCAGCAACGACAUCGUGGGACAACUAGGCUUGCAGCGGACCGCGGCGGGUUGCUCAACUUGGCUGGACUACCUGGUGCGGUACAUCAUCGGAAGACGACGCAAGCGACUUCUCUAGCUUGCUAACAUGGUGGUGGAUGCUUUUGCACGGGUGAAGCAAUGAGGUGAAGUCGACCUGCGGCGCCGGCUUGGCUAAUCGACGAAGAUCUUGUGGAGCGAGGCAACAUUGCUCACUACUCUGACAGCGAUAAAAGAAACGGAUCCGGGACGUGGAGUACUAUGGCGGGUGUGGCGAGACCCCGCACGUGGUGUUUCUUCGAGGCGACGAGAGUGAUGUGAAGUCCAACGGCGGAUGUGGCGAGACCCCCGCGCGUUGUGUUAUAGCGAUGGCGAUUGCGAGGCAGCCUGCGAGAGGUCCGAAUUCAGUGGUAUCACUUUAUCAGGUGAAGUGUGGUGUUGUAGCGGUACUACAACGGAGGGUCCCGUAUAGCGGUGGCCUUCUCGGUGUGGUGUAGUCUGUUUCUAUCAGUUCCUGUCGACGUCGGGCCACGCCUGGAGGUUUCAGCGAAUUAUGAGCGUGGAUGUUAGUGGGUGCCGUUGAGGCGAGCGGAGUGGUGAGGUCGCGUUGAUAUCCCAAUCCAACCGAUAGGGUGUAGCAGUUUUUGAGUUGAGUGGCUACCCUUGUUGAUGUCCCAAUCUAACUGGACGAGUAUGUUUUGUUCUCUUUUUCCUUGUUUUCUUUUCCUUUCUUGUUUCUUUCCAGUCCAGAACUCCUCGCUACCCGGUCGGUAAAAGAAAAAAAUACACGUAGCGUCAGGAGGGCAAUAUGGAUUUUGGCUGGAGUGGCCAAUUGCCAAGAGGGAAUCAAAAUGGUCCAAAUUGUCUGCAGAUUAAAGGGUGACAGAAAAAACCUCCAUGAUAAUAACAACUCCACGAUAUCGUCAGGCAAUGGCAACUAACAAACAAGUCAAAAAAAAAAGGGGGAGAUGCUCGGUCGCCGGUCUUUGGAACCGAAAUGUUUUGGAAGUUCUUGCUGCAUAGGCAGUCUGCCCAAAAGUUACUGAAAUACUCCUGUACGAGUUGUAUGCUAGUUGCUACAUUAGGUCUCCGAGAGUGCCCUGAUGAGGACCUAGACUGCUGCAGUGUUGCCAAUUACAGUAAGCUCUACUUGCGCCAAAAGUCUCCUGUUACCGUUGCGGCCAAAUGAGGAAGUGUUUUCCAGCAGCAUGCCAACUCGAUGCGCCAAUAAAAAAGAAAACCAUUCUUGUUCCACUCCACAUGCAGCGCGCCAAUGCCUUCAAUGUGCAAACACGUCGUUUUCCCUUAGCUUGAUUCAGAACAUUGCUACAGUACUACUUUGUUCGUUUCAAAUUGCAGGUCGUUUUGAUUUUCUAGAUUCAUAAAUAUUAUUAUGCAUCUAGAUAUACAUUAUAUAUGUAUAGAAAAAACAACUUGCAAUUUGAAAUCGAGAGAGGGAGCGGGCGCUAUAGAUGUCAAUUUCGCCGUGGUCGUACGGAGCAGGUGGCGAGCUCCCAGUUACGUGUACUCCUCCUCCGGAAGGAGAUUCUGGCCGCGAAUGAUAGGUGAUGGCCUGAUGGGGCUGGGUCACCCAGUUGCCCGGGCGGAAGCCGCACCAUGUCGUGGCAAACAAAAGUCGGGACCGUGCCGCGCCAUCCGUGCUCUUCUAGCUGUAGCGUCCGUAGCCAUGUCCCUGAUGAGACCCUGACCCGUCGACGGCCGGGGGUCCCGCCCCGGCCGGUGGACAUCCCCCCCACCCCCACCCACGCCCUGCCGACUCGUGACAUGGUACUGUGGCCUGUGUCUGUCUCUCCUCUCCAUGUGAGGGACUGAGGGUGCAAUGCAUUUGCUCGUGCUCGUGCAUGGGUAAUUUCCGUGGCAGCCCAUUUAGCUGUUCAACUUCGUGCGUCAGAUACUACCAGAACAACAAACGAGAAACUGCAGGUACUGUUGCAGCUCCAGAUUUCCGUCCCUAACGAAGUCCUGGACCGUGACUUGCAGCAGCCUAUGCGUUUCACCAUCAAUUUCAUAUUUCCAUCCACCCAUUUAGCCCAAGUCCCGGACCGUGACUUGGCACAGCGGAUCACGCACGUGCUUACUUUCCACAGCAGCCGGCCGGAUCGCCAGUUCGCCUUCGCCACCCCGUGAGGUUGCACGGCGCUACGGCGCAUCCGAUCCGGCCCCCCGCCAGUCCAGAUCGGACGAAAAUGGCGCGCCGCAGCAAUGAUAAUCCCCGGCUCGAGCAGCAGUCAGUCAGAGAGGAUCGCCGCGCGCAUACGGCCAUCCCGGCUAUACGGUGACGCCGGUCUGACCAGCCCGUCCCAUGCACUGGGUUGCUACUUGCUACUCCAGUUGAAGCUCCACCCGCACUGACCAGUUGAGUCCCAAACUCCCAAGCGAGAGCUGCCGAGCUUGCUGCAGACGCUCCCGGCCGGCCAGAUCAACCGAAGCUAGCCGCCGAGCGGCACCUGCGAUGGCCGUGCGCCACUCCCUCGAGGUGGCCGACGACCGCUGCGACGACGACGGGCACCGCCCGCGCCGUGCCGGCACGGCGUGGACGUGCGCGGCGCACAUCAUCACGGCGGUGAUCGGCUCCGGGGUGCUGUCUCUGGCGUGGAGCGUGGCGCAGCUGGGCUGGGUCGUCGGCCCCGCCUGCAUGUUCUGCUUCGCGCUCGUCACCUACGUCUCCGCUGCGCUGCUCGCCGACUGCUACCGCCGCGGCGACCCGGAGAAGGGCCCCAGGAACCGCUCCUACGUGGACGCCGUCCGCGCCUACCUCGGCAAGAAGCACACCUGGGCUUGCGGCUCGCUGCAGUACGUGAGCCUGUACGGCUGCGGCGUCGCCUAUACCAUCACCACCGCCACUAGCAUAAGGGCGAUCCUCAAGGCCAACUGCUACCACGACCACGGCCACGACGCGCCCUGCGACUAUGGCGGCAGCUACUACAUGCUCGUCUUCGGCGCCGCGCAGCUCUUCCUCUCCUUCAUACCGGACUUCCACGACAUGGCGUGGCUCUCCGUCGUCGCUGCCGUCAUGUCCUUCUCCUACGCCUUCAUCGGCCUCGGCCUCGGCAUGGCCACCACCAUCUCUAACGGGAGAAUCAAAGGAAGCGUAACAGGUGUUCCGAUGAGGACGCCUAUGCAGAAGAUUUGGCGCGUCUCGCAGGCCAUCGGCGACAUAGCGUUCGCAUACCCAUACUCCUUGAUCCUACUGGAAAUACAGGACACCCUGAAGUCCCCGCCGGCCGAGAACAAGACGAUGAAGAGGGCGUCGAUGAUCUCGAUCCUCGUCACGACGUUCUUCUACCUCUGCUGCGGCUGCUUCGGCUACGCCGCCUUCGGGAGCGACGCGCCGGGCAACCUCCUCACCGGCUUCGGCUUCUACGAGCCCUACUGGCUCAUCGACUUCGCCAACGCCUGCAUCAUACUCCACCUGCUGGGCGGGUACCAGGUGUACAGCCAGCCCAUCUUCCAGUUCGCGGACAGGUUCUUCGCGGAGCGGUUCCCGGACAGCGGGUUCGUGAACGAUUUCCACACGAUGCGGGUGCCGUGCCUGCCGCCGUGGCGGGUGAACCUGCUGCGGGUGUGCUUCCGGACGGUGUACGUGGCGUCCACGACGGCGGUGGCCGUGGCGUUCCCCUACUUCAACGAGGUGCUGGCCCUGCUGGGCGCGCUCAACUUCUGGCCGCUGGCCAUCUACUUCCCCGUCGAGAUGUACUUCAUCCAGCGGAACGUGCCCCGGUGGUCCGCGCGGUGGGUCGUCCUGCAGACCUUCAGCGUCGUCUGCCUCCUCGUCAGCGCCUUCGCCCUCGUCGGCUCCAUCGAGGGGCUCGUCACCCAGAAGCUGGGAUAG